AUGUCAGGGAAGAGCACGUCGGCCAGGUUGGGUUGCAAGGGCUUCCUUGGUCAGACCGACUUCUGGAGAGAGGAAGGCGAUGCUCCGAUUCUGAAGUUUGACUUCGGCUGGCUGGAGGCUCACACGGACGAGGCAGUCCGAAGAGCCACAGCUUGGCUGCCGCACAUCGGUGUCGAGGCAAGCCGUGUCGAUGUCGACACCAAACCCCUCUCCACGGAAGGAGCCAGGAUAUUCCGAGCAGAUGCCAACCGGACCUUUCGAAGUGAGCCGAAUCGUCUCGUUUGUAUCAAGCUGCUCUCCUUUUCCCAGCAGAAGUUCGGAGACUACCAGCAGUCCCUCGGGUACGUUGCAGGCUUGCUCCUGCUCUUCUUCGACCCAGCCACCUGCUUCAAGGUCUUGACUGUCCUCAAUGACAGUCCGAAGUACCUGCCUGGAUACUGGCGUGGAGAGGCAACUGCGUGCGCGGUUGAUGGGUAUGUGUGCGAGAGUUUGCUGAAGCAGCCCGUCAGACAACGCUUGAAGGAGCUUGGAUUGCUCCCAGAGACCUUCGUGCAGAAGUGGUUUGCCGGGCUGUGCAUCCACCAUCUCCCCUACGGCAUCCUUUUCGACUUUCUGGACAACUUCUUCAAAUCAGGCAACUCCUAUUUGUUUCAGUUCUUUCUGGCCUUCUUUGAUGAGUUUGAGGCCGAUAUCCUGAAUGCCGCUAACAAUCCCGAAGCAAACAUGCUGAUACGCUUCGAAUCAGCCCCGCAAGAGCGCCUGGCCAAGGUCGUUCAGGCAGCGACUGAGGAAAGGUAUGCUGGGAGAGUGAAAUCGCUGGAUGUUCAUCGGUGCCGCGUUACAGCCUUCCAGGACACGCUGUCAAGAAGGCUCCAAAGUGCGAACGAAGGUAUGUGGCAAAAAACGGACGAUGACAUUACGUUCUCGGAUGAGGAGGAUGGAUGA